GACACAAAUCACUGCUGUUCUCCCCGGCCAGAGAGGCACAUCCCAAAAACACAAACUAAACUUCCUUCAUGUACUUUGCCAUAAAAGACGAUUACGAUCAUUCAGUUUUUAUUUAUUUGUUUUGUUGUUUGUAUUUGCAUGAAUUUUUGUGGAAAAUCUGUUAAGUUAUGAUGCCAAGUUUAGGGUUAAAGAAGAAAGAGAAUCUGUCCAGAAUGGAUAGAUACUCCGAGGACUUGCCACAGUUGAGCAAUGAGAUGCAGCUGAGCAUCAUGAACAAGGUGAAGAGUGGCGAGUUGUCCAUCGAGGAUGCUCUGAACCAGGCCAGGAAGGACGGGAACGACCUGCUCAAGCAGAAGAGCCUGGCCCAGGAGGAACAGCAGCCCUCACAGUACAACUUCAGUGUUCACAAGCACAGCCACUACAGGUGGCAGAAACGGGUUCUUCAGAUUGAUUUCAAGACCAAAAUGCUGUGCAGCAUACAGAAAGGCAUCAUCAACCGACAGUUUCCCUUCUCCGCUGUCAAGAGCUGUGAUGACGGAGCAGGUUCCAGGUUCUCCAUCUCCUUUAAAGGACAUCACGAUUAUGAACUGGAGGCCACUUCGCUGGAAGACAAACACAAGAUUAUUCAGCUUGUGAAUCAGAUCAUUUACGGGAACAUAUACAGCGAUCCUGAGGAGGGCACUGCAGAAACACUUCAGCAGCCCCCAGCAUCACGGAGCCUCCGGGAAGGCGUCUUGUUGCUGCACCGGGGAGGCCUGGCGUCAUUCAGAUGGGUGAAAUACGACGUCCAGCUCCACCCAGGCCAACUGACGCUGGUCCCCGUCAAGCGACGAGGCCCCGCCAAUGGUGAGGCGACAUCAUCGGUGCCCGUGUCCAUCGUGAUUCACCUUUCAGAUGGUGACACCAGCGUACAGAAACCUGCCAGCUGCGACGCUUUCACUCUGAUCACCCACAAAAAUGAGUACCAGUUCCGGGUGCCUGUACCAGAUCAAAGCUCUGGUCCCGGGACUGUCCAGAGUGAGCGUGACGCCUGGGUGCAGGCCAUUGACAAACUGUGUUCAGACUGGAAGAGGAAGUCAGUGGGUGAACACACGUCUGUGGGAACAAAGGGUCUACGAAAAACCAGCAUAGCCGAAGACACAGAGAAUACCGACACAGAUCCUGAAUCCAGUGGUGAAUUCGGUGGAGGAAAUACGAGUCGCACUUCUCCCCCUUUUGAUAAUGAGAAUGCAGACCUCACUUCUAGUGGCGAAGAUCAUUUAUCAACCGGUGCCCAGGGUCAAACUUAUCCCUCCACUGGUGAUACAGAGCCUGUUCCUAGACCUCACACCCCUGGGAAGGCUGAGGUACCUCCCGUCCCAUUACCAGCCUCUGCUGGUGCUGCUGCCCCAUCUUCACCCACCUCCCCUCAACCCCCACGCAUACGUACCGCCCUCACACCGCCCUCUUCUGCAGUCCCAGAGUCUCUUGCCCUUGAACCAGGUUCAUCGAAUGUGAAAGGGCCUUCGUCUCAGUGCGUCCCAGUCCCCCCACCUUUGCCCAUAAAAGCGAAGACAAAUUCAAGAAAACAACGCACCAAGGCUUUCCACUGGGACUUAAUCAGCUCAGAGAAGAUUGAAAAAUCAUUUUGGAUACAAGAAAGCAGCAGGAGGAUUGAAAUCGACACAACUCGCUUAUUUGAGCAAUUUGCUGUCAAAGAUCUGGGGAAGUUUGGAGCAGCAGAGCCGAGUAAUGCCCAGCAUAUUAUGCUCAACCAGAAGAUUGCACACAACUUCAACAUUUUCCUCAAAAGUUUUCCGGUGCAACCGGGAGAGCUGAAGGACAAACUGUUCAUCGUUAAUGAGGAAGAUGGAGGCCUGUCUGAUGAGCACAUCACCUCUCUGCGGAGGUACGUCCCUACCACUGACGAUGUGGAGAUGUACAAAUCCCACACGGGACCUGUGACAGAACUGCAUAUCGUGGACCGGUACAUGAUGGAGAUGUGCAACAUCCCAUACCUGAGCAGGCAACUUGACCUGCUGCUGACUCUGCGAGAGCUCCCCAUCAGCAUGAACGACCUGCAGCCUCUGAUUAACCAGAAGAUCAGAAUGUGCACACAGCUGAACAACUGCAGGUCAUUUGUUUCCGUGCUGGAGUACCUCCUCGCCAUUGGCAAUUACCUCAACGAGAACGCCAGAAAGGAAAAGGCCAAGGGAUUCCGCCUCUCCUCCUUAGUGAAACUCUCUCAGCUCCGCGGGAGGGACAGGAAGUUCACCUUGCUUCAUGCCCUUGUGGAGCAGAUCAUGUUGCAUGAGCCGUGCUCGGCCACUUUUACCCAGGAGCUGGCAGAAUUUGAAACUGUCCCGGGAGCUUCCAUCAAAGGCCUGACCGCAGAAGUAGAUGUCCUGAAGAAUGAACUGCAGAAACUCAUUCAGUAUAGAAAAACUUCCAAGAAGAAAAAUGCUGGAGUUCAACACCCAAACUUCUUCAAAGACCUGAAGAUGGCAAUUGAGAAAUACAACACGGAUCUCUCGGCAUUGACGAAGACGUGUGAGGAGAUGAAGAAACUCUACUCUGUCAUACUGGUUAAAUUCGGAGAGCCAGCAGAUCAAGACUCUCAGGAGCUCUUUGGGCUGAUCUGUCAGUUCGUCCACGACUUCAAGAGAGCCCACGCUGAAAUUCUAUGAGUUAUACUGUGUGAAGUACUUUAUCUGUAGCCACUGUGACUGCAGGCAUGCUCAUUAAACCAAACAGAUCCCAUCUUCUUAGUUCAGACACAUUAAGACACAAAAAAUAUGAGAUAUAACUUUGAUAUAACUUUGCUGUAUUUGAUGUUAAAGAAAGUACUGCAUGGAUCUAAAUAUUGUUGUAACUAUGUGCAUUUCUCCUUUGUGUGUUGUACAGAUAUUUUAUUUUAAUGGACUUUGCAUGUGAUUCAUUGUAAAACAUACAGUAUGAAGUGUACAGUGAUGCUGAUCUACCUGGAUGAACAGUUGGAAAUCAUUUGUGUGAAUAUAAAACUGAUCUCUGUCACGUU